UACAUUGUCUACAUGGGUAACCUUCCAAAGGGUGACUUUUCUGCUACUAGCCAUCACACCAGCAUGCUUCAAGAUGUUGUACCCAGUACUGUUGGAUCAGAUGUUUUGCUGUACAGCUACCAUAGGAGCUUCAAUGGAUUUGCAGCCAAGUUGACCAAGGAGGAGGCAGAAAAACUGAGAGGAAAGGAAGGGGUAGUGUCUGUGUUCCUCAGUCAAAAGAAGCAGCUCCACACUUCAAGAUCAUGGGACUUUAUGGGAUUCUCCAAAAAAGUGAAAAGAUCAGUUAUUGAAAGCGAUAUAAUUAUUGGGAUGCUAGACACUGGGAUUUGGUCAGAGUCUCAAAGUUUUAAUGACACAGGAUUUGGUGCACUUCCAAAUAAAUGGAAGGGCACUUGCCAAGCAUCAGCCAAUUUCACUUGCAACAAAAAAAUAAUUGGAGCUAGAUACUACCGGGCCAAUGGAGAUUUCAGUCCAGACGAUUUCAAAUCUCCAAGAGACUCGGAAGGUCAUGGUAGUCAUACUGCAUCAACAGCUGCAGGUGGCUUUGUUAGCAAGGCAAGUUUAUAUGGCCUAGCCAAAGGGACGGUUCGCGGAGGGGUUCCAUCUGCCCGCAUUGCAGUGUACAAGAUAUGUUGGUCUGAUGGUUGCUAUGAUGUGGACAUUCUUGCAGCAUUUGAUGAUGCAAUAGCAGAUGGUGUUGAUAUAAUCUCUCUUUCAGUUGGGAGUUUGUUUGCAUCCGAUUAUUUUGAAGACUCGAUUGCUAUUGGUACUUUUCAUUCAAUGAAGAAUGGAAUCCUGACGUCCAACUCUGCUGGUAAUAGUGGUCCUCGUCCUGCUUCAAUAACGAACUUUUCACCUUGGUCUCUAUCAGUGGCUGCUAGUACCAUAGAUAGAAAGUUCGUGACUAAGGUGAAGCUCGGAAAUGGUGAGAUCUAUGAGGGAUCAUCUUUAAACACAUUUGAUCUCAAGGGAAAAAUGUACCCUUUCAUCUUUGGUGGAGCUGCCCCAAAUACCUCACUAGGUUACACUUCGGAGGAUUCCAGGUAUUGCUUGCCAGGAUCAUUGAACCAAACAUUAGUGAAAGGAAAAAUCGUUUUCUGUGACUAUGACAGUAAUGGGAGAGGUCCAAUGGACGGAGGAGCAGUUGGUGCGGUAUUCCAGACUGGAAGAAAUAAAGAUUAUGUCUUCGCUUACACUUUACCUCUUUCCAACUUGAACUUAGAUGAUGGAAGAAAUGUUUUCACCUACGUGAACACGACAGAAAACCCAACCGCGACCAUAUUCAAGACCACUGUGGAAGAUAAUCAGUUCGCUCCAUUCGUUGUUUCAUUUUCAUCAAGAGGGCCUAACCCUGUUACGGCUGACAUUCUCAAACCUGAUCUAACAGCUCCUGGGGUUGACAUUUUAGCGGCAUGGUCAGAAGCUACUACUGUGACAGAAAGUGAAGAUGAUGCAAGAGUAGUUCCAUACAAUAUCAUUUCUGGCACAUCCAUGUCUUGCCCACAUGCAACCGGGGCGGCAGCUUAUGUUAAAUCAUUUCAUCCAACAUGGUCUCCGGCUGCCAUUAAGUCUGCUCUAAUGACAACAGCUUUUCCAAUGAGUUCUGAAAACAACAUCGAAGGUGAGUUUGCAUACGGGGCAGGUCACAUAAAUCCAGCACUAGCAGCCCAACCCGGACUGAUAUAUGAUGCUGGGGAGAUUGAUUAUGUUAAAUUUUUGUGUGGACAAGGAUAUAGCCCUACACAUCUACAGCUCAUAACUGGAAAUAACAGCAGUUGUUCCGAAGAAACAAAUGGAACAGUUUGGGAUCUUAAUUACCCUUCCUUUGCAUUAUCUGCUUCUCCUGGAAAUUCUAUUAUUAGGGUCUUUCAUAGGACAGUAACCAAUGUCGGAUCGGCUGUGUCAACUUACAAGGCAGUUGUUAAUGCUCCACUAGGGCUUAUAAUCCAAGUUCAACCUAGUGUACUUUCUUUCAAGUCUCUUGGCCAAAAGCAAUCCUUUGUUGUGACUGUUGGAGCUGAAAUUGGUAACUCUAUGAUCUCUGGUUCUUUGGUUUGGGAUGAUGGCCUGCAUCAAGUGAGGAGCCCUAUUGUCGCCUUUGCUUCUUUAAUGGAAUAAAUUCCAAGGAAGAAAAAAACUUUAACCAUCUAUUUAUUUGUUGUAUUCAGUCGUCUGGUUU